AGAAGAAGAGCGCAGGAGGAGGAGGAGGAACAGAUAGAAAGAGGAGGCACAGAGUGAGGUGCAGUUCACCUAUGGAUCAGCAUUCAAACACCAGAAACCCUUCUUCUAUGGACGCGCUGACCCGAUUUAUGUCUCCUCCAAGCAAGGCUGAUCAACCCCGAUGAGCUGCGUUCAGCUGUAAGAGCUGCAAGGCCAAGGGGGUCAAGGAGGUGAAAGUUCAAAGACUUCAGAGCCAGAGUAGACGCUGAGGGGCUCAGGGAGGAAAAGAACACAAGGAUUACGAGAAGGAUCCGGGUUCAGGAAGUCACAUUCUCGGUGAUAGGCAAGAGGUCAAGGGGUCAAAGAUGAUGACGUCACACGGAAAGCUGAGGAGAGAGAAGGGGAGUCUGGCCGAGUAUGAAUCACAGAUGAAAGACCUGCGGGCCCAGCUCACAGACCAGAUCAAGGUCUUGGACUCUCAGGUGGAGGUGAAGCAGCAGCAGCUCUCCGACCUCUCCGAGUUCCUGCGUCGCCGGGGCGACAUCGAGGCCGAGUACGCGCGAGCCCUGGACAAACUCACCGAGAGGUUCACGCACAAGACCAAGAAGAAGGAGCAGUGGGGUCAGUCCGUGUGUCAGGUCUGGUCCGUCCUGCUGACUCAGACUCGCCUGGAGAGCCGCGAACACUCGGCGCUGGGCGACACCUGCUGCAACACGCUCACGCAGAGGCUGACGCACAGCAUGGAGGACACACACCGUCUGCACAAACGGAGCAAAGAAGUCGGGAUUCAGAUGCAGGAUGAGCUGUUAAAGGUCACCACUGAACUCCAGACGGCUCUGAAGACGUACAACCUGUACCACACUGACUGUCUGAUCGCUGAGGGGAAGCUGAAGGAGGCCGAGCGGCUCGAGGAGAGACACACGGGCAAGUCAGCCGAGCUCGGCCUCGGCCAAUCAGGAGGACAGAGGCGGAGCUCCGUCAAGAAGAUGGAGAGACUCAUGGAGAAGAGGCACGGCAGAGUGCAGGAGACUCAGCUGAAAUGCACCAAGGCUCGUAACGACUACCUGCUGAAUUUGGCGGCGGCGAACGCGGCCAUGAACAAGUAUUACCUGCAGGACGUGAGCACUCUCAUCGACUGCUGCGACCUCGGUUUCCAUCAGUCUGUGGACAGGGCGAUGAAGUGCUACCUGGCCAGCAGGUGGCGCAUUCAGAAGACGGAGGAGACGGGGCUCAAGCAGCUGGAGGCGGCGGUGACGUCGCUGGACCAGAGCGGGGACAGGGACGCGCUGCUACAGCAACACGACGCCGCCUUCUGUCUCCCGUUCAGGUUCAACUACCAUCCGCAUGAAGGCGACCAGGUGUGUGAGGUAAGCGCGGAGAGUCAGGUGAGGUACGAGCUGGAGACCAGGUUCCAGCAGCUUCAGUCUCGACUCGCUGCCGUUACCUUGGAAACUGAGGAGAUCAGUAAAACACUCAAAGCCACGCUCACAGCUCUGCUGGACAAUAUGUGCGAUAGUGACCCUGGCCCCUCCCCCGAUGUGCCCAGCAGCCAAUCGCACGAGCCACCGGGAGGAAGCGCCACCGCCCCGAAACUUGCCCUUGCCAAGCGUCGAGCCAAUCAGCAGGAGACAGAGACGUAUUAUUUCACAAAAGUGAAGGAGUUCCUCACCAGCAGUUCUCUCACCUCCAAACUUCAAGCCAAACACGACCUUCUCCACGACGCCAUACAGAAAGCCGAGGCUGUCGACAGUGACCCCUCCAGAGCGCAAUGUGCUCGUUCAGUGCGUGUUCGGAAGUCCAGGCCUGUUUCCCAAUUCUGCCACACACUCUUCACCACAGACAUAGUCUCCUACAUACAGAGCUCUGGGCAGCAGAUUCCUGUGGUGGUUGAAAGCUGCAUCCGCUUCAUAAACCUUCACGGUCUCCACCAUGAGGGAAUAUUCCGAGUUCCUGGGUCACAGAGGGAGGUUAACCACAUUAGAGAUGCAUUUGAAAGAGGUGAAGAUCCGCUGUCAGACAGUGAGUGUGACCUGGACUCUGUGGCCGGUGUGUUGAAGCUUUACUUCAGGGGUCUCGAACCUCCUCUCUUCCCGUACGACAGCUACUCACAGCUGCUGGAGUGUGUCCAAAUUGAAGACGAGUCAGAGAAAGCCGCUCAGAUCAAAGUGAUCAUCUCCACUUUCCCACGGCCGCUUCUCAUCGUGAUGCGCUACCUUUUCGCUUUCCUCAAUCAUGUGUCUCAGUACAGCGACGAGAACAUGAUGCAGCCGUACAACCUGGCCGUCUGCUUCGGGCCGAGCCUGCUGAGGGGGCUGGAGUCCGACGACGCGGUCGCUAGGCAGCCACAGGUCAACGACCUCAUCAAGACCAUGAUCCUGCAACACGACGCCAUCUACCCCGGCCAAUCAGAGCAGCCGGGCCCCGUCUACGAGAAGCACAUGACCCUGGAGCAGGAGUACUGCGAACCGAUCACAGAGGAGGGAGACGGAGAGACCGAGCCUCUGCCCAGUGAAGACGAGUGGGAGGCAGUGGCCAUGUUCGACUAUGUGGCCCGGUCUCCAGCCGAGCUGUCGUUCAAACAGGGAGAGCUUCUCAUCCUCCACAGCAAGGCCUCCUGUGAUUGGUGGAGAGGCGAGGUGGGAGGAGUCAAAGGUCUCAUCCCCCACAAGUACAUCAGCGUGCUGGACGGGUCAGAGCGAGGGAAACGAGACGAGGGAGGAGGAGGAGGAGGAGGAGGAAGCACUGGUAACCUGACAGUGGAAGACGCACAGACGGAGAACACAACACGGAUGCGAGUGAACAGCGACAGUGCUUCGUUGCCGGGGCGACAGAGAGGAAGUGAAGGGAGCCCCAGUGGAAAGCAGCCGCCGACCUCUCCGGCUACACGACACCUGCCAGUGUCUCAGGAGAGAAGACAUACUUUGGACACGCUGAGACAGGGCAACUUCAAACCCCCGGACAGGCCUCCCUUCAUUCAGGCGGACAGAACCGCAGUGGACAAGGAGAUGAUCAGCCGUCAGAUGAACUCUGUCUUCAAAGAGCUCCUGUCGCGGCAGCCUGCCGCCCCAAUACCGCCGCUCGCCACUCCCGCCGCCUCCUCAGCUCCCGCCUCCUCCUCGCUACCUUCCUCUCUUCCUCAGGCCGUGCCAGCCGCCAAGAAGGUUGGGUUUGGCCUGAGAGGACGAGCACUUUUCAGACCGGUGGACUGAGACACCGUGACUGCAGUCACCGGUUUACAGCUCAACGCGUACGCCGAUGACGACUUAUUUUUAUGACACGUGUAUAAUAGUUGCGUAUCAUAGUGCCACUAGUCUCCGUGCCGUGUUACCGUCCGUCGAGUGUCUGUUUUUCCAGCUGUAGUUUUUUUUUGUUUUGUUUACUUUCCUGUCUCUUCCUCUCUUUUUUUUUCGUUUACCAGGCUUUUGCAGUUUUUUUGGGGGGGAGAAUCAGGGACGUGACAUCGCCAGACUGACGUUUGUGUGUAAAUGUGGUCGCCAUGGUACACAUUUAAAAAAAAAAACAAAAACAACAAGAAAAGAGACUUGAAGCUGCACCCUAGUGGCGGGUCUGAGAUCAGCUCUCCUUGCAAUGUUUGUUUGAGUUUCAAUAACAAACCUGAUCUGGGGCCUGUGCCUAGGAGUGCCUUCACUCAAGCAUGUGGUAUACUUCAGUGCACAUGCAGACCCUGGUAUACUCGUGCGUCAGACACCUGUAGUAUCCCACUUAACCAUCGGGCGGCGGUACAAGCAAGGGAAUCAGACACAUUCCUACCAAAGAAGAAGAGAACGACGCUACAGCUCCCUCGGGACAGCGGGCAGAGGAGUCUGGGUUUCCGCCGGUUCGAGGGUCGAGGCUCGGAUGACGAUCCUUGGCGACAACUUCUUCUGUGGAAAUGUUUUUUCUGCCUGGUGGGCGGGGCUUAAUUCUGUUCCCUAAUGCGCUCUUUGCGCACGGCUCCAUAAAAUCUGUGUAGCACUGUGCGCCUAAGUGUACCGAUGGCCUUCACUCACCAAACUCAUCACAUUCACUUCACCUCUGAUGACCUGAGAGGUUUCAUCUCUGCUUGAUCUUACAUAAAAAUUGAUAUUACGUAAAAUAAGACAUAAUUAUGUCCUUGUUAGCGUUGAAUCAAAACAUCUGACAUUAUUUUAUUGGCUAUAAGUUUUGUAUAUUUACAGAUAAUUAUAUUUCAUACAUGUUUUCCCUGUGACGUUUUACUUGCUUGAACAGCUGCGUUGUUUCUGAACCUAGUGGGCAUCCGUAGAUCCUCGCGGCGUGUUAGCGCGCACACACACACACACACACUGUCCCGCUCAUAUGUGCCACACGGCCUGAAGCUCAGGCCAAAUCUCAGGGCUUUAGCAGAGUUAGAGACGAGCUGACUCAGGUUUGGCUUCGAGGGAAUUAGUGCAAGUUUGUUUUCACUCAGGAUUUAUGGUGGAUUUUUUUUCCCUCUCCUGCUGGAAACUGUGCCCCCCCACGACAGCCUCAAGAGCCAAAAUGGCCCCCGGAUCAGAGAGGGUUAAACUGUGAAUGCAACUGCGACGUUGUGGAGCCGCCAUCGAAAACUCUUUCUUGUCUCAUUCCCCCCCCCGACUCGACUGUGCACCAUCCACGGGUCCCAUUCCAAUAAGUUUCCGGACAUUUGUGGUGAGAUGAAACCAUUCCUUUGACUCCAUGUGCAUCGAUCUUCUUUUAAAUAUGAAUGGCAUCUCUUCUCUGUCGUGUUUCAGUGUUGGAAUCAUAGAAAUCUACAGAUUCUGCUUCUAUGAUUUAAAAAAAAUAAUAAUAAUAAUGAAAUAACCUCUGUUUUUUUGGAUCACUGUCUGAAGAUGUCACAAGAUUUACUGUGUCAAAGUGUAAAUGUGGUUAAAAAAUAACAAUAAAGAUGAUGAAUGAAUUCAA